UCGUUAAAGCAGACGUAUUUCAAAGUGAUUGCUUUAUGGGAUGGUGUCACACAGCUGCGAGCAUAAUAUGGAGGGAAUAAUAUCAGACGAAUUGAUGAUCGAUUUGAAUAAUAAGAGAGUCAGUGAAGAUCAGCUGGAAAAAAUUCUAUCCUGUUGCGGCAGAGUUGACGUCACGUUCGUCGACGUUAAAAAAAUUGUUGUCAAAUUUCAGAAUAAAGAUCAUGUCAUCAGGUCGGUAAAUCACAAGUGUCAAGGCUCUUUAAUAUUAAUGAAUCGUUUUUCCAGAACCUUGAGAACUCGCCUAGUUUCUUAUAACUUUAAUGGCUUGUGGAAGAGCCUUUCUCCGAAAUUAGAAAUACUGAACGGUGAUUCGCCAAUUGAAAAAUUGCCAGGGGAUUGCCUUAUGAAGAUAUUCUCAUUUCUUCCGAUUAUGGAAAAACUGAUGAUCGAAAGAGUUUGCAGACGAUGGAGAGAAAUCGGACUGCAAGGCUGGCCGGAGAUGAAGCAGUUGAGGAUAUCCUCGGAGCUGAGUAAAUUCACCCCAUCGCAACUGAAGCAAAUCUUCUCGAGGUGUGGGAGAUUUCUCAAGCUCCUGGUGAUUCCAGUGAUAAACGAAGAAACUGAUUGCCUGCCGCUGGUGAAGCUGCACUGUCUCCAGCUCAAUCAACUAGCGGUCGACAUUAAUUUCAAAGCAUUCCCCAAGCUUGAGAUGUACUGUAAAAAUUUGGCUGAGAUAUUCGGCGCAUGCGAGAGAUUGACUUCAGUCAAGAUAUCCGGCGUUCAUUCGAAUUUUAAUUACGAGUGUCUGGAGGGACUUCCGAGAGAUCGGAUGAGAGAACUUCGACUCUAUGGUCCGUCUUCUGAACAUGGAACUCCUCUCCAUCUAAAUCUCCAUGGAUUCGAGUCCCUAGAAGAGCUUGAGCUCAAAGGCUUCGUGAUAGACGAAAAAAGUUUAAUCGGAUUGGAAAAUCUGCGAAAUUUAACAGCUCUGAGUCUUGUCAAUAGUCAAGUGCACGUAAAUCACGUGAAGAAAAUCAAGGAAUUCCUGAAACUCCAGCAGUUAUCACUAGAGAAUAUAAUCAGCGAAAUUGAUGAUGAGGACUUGUCGGAAAUCGCGAGAAACUGCAGAGAUCUUUCAUCAUUGAACAUAAACAGAUUGGACAGGCUGACGGAUCGUUGCUUCGAACAGAUAUCUCACCUCCAGAGGCUCGAAAAAUUAGAGAUGAUGGGUUUGACGAGAGUGACGGACGCGGCAAUCCUAGGAUUAUUUAAUCUCAAGGAACUGCGCUGUCAGGAUUGUCGUCGUAUUGGGAAUACCGGUUUUGUUAGACUAAUCAAAUGGGCUCCGAAUCUCGCGAAAUUGUGGGUGGAGGGACCCUUGAUCACCGAAGAUUUUCUCGUGGAUGUCAACGAUGCGAUGCAGUACCGAACGAGCGGAGUCAGACUGCACCUCCACUUGCAUUCGGACGCAGAGGACUGGGAACAACCGCGUUAUUUAUCCCCAUUAUUGAUGUUGGCUUACACUUGGUGAACGAUAAUCAGUCAUUUUUUAAUAAUUCAUUCUACUAAUGAUUUAUUUCAUGUUUAUACAACGCUUUUAGGAGAUAAUUAAAAACGAAGUAUUUUGCAGGAA